AUAUCUUCUCGCAGACACUGUAAUACCUACCAUUAAAGUUUUUCUUAUUCACUGGGACGAUUCGUACAUGUCGAAUAUAUCAAACCGAAAAAGUGUAAAAUAAUAAGAAAAGUAACACAACUUGAGCUCUUCCUCUGCUAAUUUCUAACAUUUUUACCAAGCCGAUGUGUUUCAAUUGUGAAAAUAAACGAAAUAGUUGAAUUGAAUAACAAAUUAAAUUGAAUCGGAUGACGGGUGUUCGAGUGAAAUGUGGAUAAAUUAGUGAAAUAAUUGCUAAGGUGAAAAGAAGAAAAAAAAGUUUGGUUCCCCAUUGAUUGCUGUCAAAUGUAAAAUCGGACAUUGAAAAUAAUAAUAGAAAAAAUGACCAACAAAACAAGUGAUAAAUAAGUUCUCAUCGGAAUAACAACAUUUGCUGUGCCGUAUUUGCAUUGAAUUCGUAAAAUGACUGCAACCGGCAACAAUCAUCGAAUCGGAGUUUAUGAUGGGAAAAUAGCUGGACUAUACGAUCUGGAAGAAACUUUAGGUUCUGGUCAUUUUGCCGUUGUUAAACUAGCCCGACACGUAUUCACCGGCGAAAAGGUCGCUGUUAAAGUGAUCGACAAAACAAAAUUGGAUGAGGUGUCGAAAGCCCAUUUAUUCCAAGAAGUUCGGUGCAUGAAACUGGUGCAACAUCCGAAUGUCGUUCGGCUGUACGAAGUGAUCGAUACACAGACCAAAUUGUAUUUGAUAUUGGAAUUGGGCGAUGGAGGUGAUUUGUACGACUAUAUUAUGAAGCAUGAGGGUGGUUUGCAAGAAACGUUAGCCAAAGAAUAUUUUCGACAAAUUGUACGCGCUAUAUCGUAUUGCCAUCAAUUGCACGUUGUUCACAGAGAUCUGAAGCCUGAGAAUGUGGUGUUUUUCGAGAAACUCGGUGUCGUUAAAUUAACCGAUUUCGGAUUCAGCAACAAAUUCAAUCCGGGUCAAAAAUUGGAAACCUCUUGCGGUAGUCUAGCGUAUUCAGCUCCGGAAAUCCUGUUAGGUGAUUCGUACGAUGCGCCGGCUGUUGACAUUUGGUCACUCGGCGUCAUUCUAUAUAUGUUGGUCGCCGGUCAUGCCCCAUUUCAGGAAGCCAAUGACUCCGAAACGUUAACCAUGAUUAUGGACUGUAAAUACACCAUACCAUCGCACAUAUCACCAGAAUGUAAAAAUCUGAUAUCGACAAUGCUGGUGGUGGCGCCGGACAAACGGUCCACGUUGAAACAAAUCUCACAACAUCCAUGGCUCGCCACCGACGACCACAGUGAUCACGUACCUGAAUAUUUACCAUUAGUUAGUAGAGAGCAAGUCAGUGAGGAGGAUCACAAUACGAUCAUUCAGAAAAUGGUAAAUGGUAACAUUGCAGCCAAAGAGGAAAUUGUCGAUGCUUUAGACAAGAAUGAAUACAAUCACAUAACGGCUACGUAUUUCUUACUAGCCGAAAGGAAGUUAAGGGCACAACGACAGGAGCUGGCUCAAAAGAAACGCCCAGAAUUAUCACUUCCUGUUAGCAUAUCAAGACUGAUCCCGAAAUCAAAAGAAAAUGAGAACAAACCAAACCAAAUAGAAUACGUCCUGCAACAGAACGUUGGCCAUCUGUGCGUACCACGAACACCAGGCACCGAUGGAACUCAGACUGGCCGUAUACGAAAGUGCAGCAUCGUCCAAGAAGAGAUCGACGAUGAGGAAGAGGAAGUGGACGAGGAAAAUGUUUCGUUCAAUCGGAGAGGUUCCCGAUCCGAAGGUCGCAUCAACAUAACAGUACAGGAUAGAAUUGCUGAGACUGAACGGUUAAAAAAAGAGGCUGCUGUGCCACCGAAAGGCUGUUUCGAUGGUUUGUCGGGUGUAACAUUAGUGUCAAGUGAUCCGAAAGAGAAAUUGGGACUGUUAAGGCGACCGGGUGAUCUACGCACCGGUGACGUUAAUCGGACAUUAGCCAACAAAACAGCCCAUUCUGAACGUUCGCAUUCAGUGGAUCCGGUUGAUAUUACCGGUCCUAUGGACAACAUUUCAUCCACAAAGUUCUUGACCGAUUCGGCAACCAUUACAAUUCCAAUCAACAGCCAAACAUAUAAUCCAGCCCCAGUUCCGAAACAAUACAAAACAAUGCCUUCGCCGACCCGAGCCAACACAAUUUUGCCUGGUGCAAAUUGUCUUAACGAAAUAUUUGAAGAGGGAACUGAUGUUGGAUCAUCGGAUUGUAGCAGUGCAACCAAUACACCACGACCGGUCGCUCGACAAAAUCACUAUCUCAGCAACAGAGCCCAAAGUCAUAAUUCAACCACACAGCGUCGUUCAAAGUUCCACAAAACAAGAACGGCCUCUUGCAGCAGUUCAGACGCUUCCGACGAUGAAGAGAAUCGCAAGAAGCGCGCACACAAAAUGGUCGAAUCAACAACAAAUCCAAUACAAUCGCAGCGGCGUGACUCUCAUGAUGAUUCCAGUGACUCACAAGAUCCUGGCUCAGCAUCGGCGGGUACAUCACAAUCCGGUACAAUAGUACAGCAUGCCAAUAUCGUUGAAAAUCCAACAUCAGCUCAAGAUCAAAAUUCACAUCGUCACACCGGUGGCACAUCGAAUGGUCGACAAAAAAGCGGCCAGACGGUUGGAUUCAAACGACAUCGAGCUGGUCGUCGCAGAGCCGGUGAGACAAGGCUACGAGAAAGUCAAUCACUCAACCGAAUCACUGAAGUCCAGGAAUCGGAAAUACAAAUUCCAUUGACCACGGCGCAUAAUGCACAGCAGGCGAUAGCGUCUAAAAACACAAAUGAAAAGGUGGCAGGUGGCGGUGGCAAUAAUCGAAAGGGUUUCAGUGCACGGUUGCUGAGCUUCGGUUUUCGGAAAAGUGACAAUGUUGACGGUUCUCGGAUACCGCCGCAAGCAUCUGACGAAGAAGUGGAAAUAGCGCUGGGUGUUGAAUUGGCAAAAGCUCUGAAAGUCACUGAAGCUAAGAACUCAUCGGCUACGAAGAAAUUGAAGAUGCUGGGACGAUAUUUUCAGGUUCACAAAAAAUUGUGCAUUCCAAUACCCGGUAUAUUUCAACGCGGCCGUCUCUACAAAGCCCAAUCAUGCAGUUCAAUUGUACGCGACAAAGUGCAACAGCCACACAUGCAAACAGCUACCACCGAUCGUCAUUCAGCAAUCUUUACCGACAAAUCCCGAAUACUCCGCAACUGUUUAGGCUCUCGCAUACUGGGCAGUGACAGUGACAUCAAUCAAAACAAUGGCCAGACACAGUCCAAUGUUCUGUUGACAUUGAAUGCAACAACGAAAAAGAAACCCGCCAAAGGAUGCAUAGCCCGAUCGUCGUCGCCACUGCAUCGUCAUUUGGGUGAUUCGUCGCUGUGCAGCAGCCAGUGUUGAUGUUUUCAGAUGUAAGGUGGACGGGAUGAAUAAAGGAGCGAGAGAGGUAGGAGGAUAAUGUUUUUUAAGUUAUUUGUUUCGUACGAGAGAUUCGGAAUCUUUUUUUAGUUAAAUUAUUCUGCCCAAUGAUGAUGAGACUAAUUUAAUAUUUAUUGAAGGAAAUGAACGAAGUGUAAUUGUGCAAUAUGUUGAGCCUUUUAGAAACGGCUUAUCAUCGGCAAAUAAGCGAUGACACGGCUAUGGUGUCCGGAUUUUAUUAUGUUAAAACAAAUGAAGUAAAAGAUUUUGUAUAAAGGAAUGUUGAGCUAGAAAGAAGUAAUAGAUGCAUAAUGGUUAGAUCGCGAUACGAGUGCCGUUUCUAAAAGGUUAAACGAGAUGUCUAAAAUGUUUUUUUUAAAGAGGAGUAGACAAUAAGUGUGUUUUAAUUAAGUGAAAAAGAAACAGAGAAAUAAAAUGUGAAAUUUGUGUAUCCUGUAAUAAAAUCAAAACGUAAGAAAAUUUAUUUAUUUUUGUCAGAAUUAAUUAGCAAAAAGAUUUUUUUUAAGACAAAGUUUUACGAAAAAAAUAUAUUUUUUGUCACUGAAAUGAUUGCAGUAGAAUAAAAUCUGUGAAGAUGAUAACUCCAUCGGUAUACCUAGCAUUUAAAGAAAAGAAGAAAAAAACGGAAAGAAACAUUCAUUCGAGCAAUUAAAAUGUAUUGAUCAUUUGAGGUUGAUGGUGCUCAAUUAACUUAAAAAAAAAUCCGAAAAACCGCAAAGAUCUUGGCAAACAAUUUACUGCAUCCGUUGUGUGUAUACAUCACCAUGUAUAGACUCUAUGGUAGGUGCCGUGGAUUGGACGAUGAAUAUACAAAUAUUAUCUGCAAGCAUCUUUGGGAAUGGGAAUAAUGCAGUAUCGUGGUAACAUAAACGAGAUAAUGUUUUAUUGUUUUCGUACCCGAACAACUCUUUUAGAACUCUUUUUCCCACAUGUCACUUCUUUGCAAUUCUUUGUUCUGCGAGCAGCUCCUUUGAGUAAUUGCCCCGAAAUUAAUUUUUUUAAGAGUGAUAAGAGUGACGGCAAUUGCCUUUCCGGUGUUGUUACGCAUCACAUUUUCUGAAAACCUAUCAGCAAAGGAAGGCAACUAAUAUUACUUCAAAUUUGUAUACCACUAAUAUCUUAACAGGUGGUCGCAUUCUCAAAUAUUAGGUGAAUCUUCAGGAGAUCGGAUAAGGAAUUUUAAACGAAAAAUGGUAAAUCCCCCAUACGGAGAUCUUUUGAAUGCAUAACUCCAUCAUUGAUGUCGUAGUUGAUCGGACUGCAAGUCAAUUAAGGGUCGGUUUUUCUAUGGAGGUUAAAUUCAAUGCACCUGAAUUUCUGAAAAGUAUGGUACUGUUGGAAUCCUAACUUCAUUUCGAGUUCAACGAGGUAUGACUUACCUCUCUCCGAAGUAACUGUUAAGUGGUAGAGCUGUUUGAAAACGUGAAUGUCACCUAGUAGAAAAUCGCUGUUCCUAUUUUUUUCACGCUUAUCUUGGGUACAAAAUGGUCGUCUUCUUGUUCGAUGUUACUAGCAGGCAUACUGUGUGCUUCUAUCAACUUAAAAAUGCUAGGUAUACCGAUUCAACAGAGAAAUACUAAAAAUGAAAAAUUUGAAGCCCAAAGGUCCCAUACAUUUAAUCUUGAUGUACACAUCAUUAUUAUCAUCGAGCCAUGGAUCAUACUACUUGCAUGCUUAUGAUAGAAAAUUUAAUUACUCAUCCACCAUUAUACUCGACGAGAAACGAAAAAUUUAGUUGAUAAAAAUGUUUAAAGAGUGAAUUCGAAUAAGAAAAGUGUAUGUGCUGUGCACACGACGUGUUUGUUGCAAACAUUGAAAAUAGUUUCCUCUGAAUUUAAAUUUAAUUUUAUGUGAGCGAACUAAAAAUUGGCGGGAACGUUUGAACAGAAUUUCUGAAAUAAAUUGGAUGGCAACAUGAAUCAAAACACCAGCCUUGGUGCAUCUCCGUCUCUUCCUCUAUCACAUGAAUGUUAAUGGGCUGGAAGAGUUUGGUCCUUACGAUGUUCUUCUGUCCUUCUACCAUAUAUACUAGCAAUUCCAUAUACAUGAACACACUGAACUUCUCGCACUUCCGUUGUUUAAUCAGAAUUUCUUUCCAUUUUUUGCUUUGUUUUCUUUUGGUUCGAGAAGGAUAACACAUUAGACUUUGAUAUUUAAUGCUUUAGUCGCCGCAGAGGCAAUUCUAGCUUCAUCGCUCUACUACAAGCUCCCAUGUUCCCAUGAAUCCACUAAAAUUAUUACAAAUGUUAAGAGAAGGAUAUUCGAUCUUAACCUACUUACCGCUGGCAGUAGUAAGACUCACUUAUUGUGGAGAGUGUUAAUACUUCUAAAUUUAUGUUUCCAUAUUAAUUGUAAGUUCCCAUAAAUUUCCGCCAGCACAUUCACAAUGAAUAGAAUGUAGUAGACGCAACAGUUUCCGGACAUGUAAUCAGCAGUCGAACAUCUAUUGUUUUUUUAUGAAUGAAAGACAAAUCUGUGUACAACUGCUAGUACAUGUUAAGAGUCUGGUAUUGCUACUAUGUUUCUGUUACUUAGACUUUUACUAACCCUCUCCCAAAUGAGUUCUUCACUGCAGACUUUGCACUUUUUAGGGAAGGAAACUAUUGAAAUAUACGGAAAAUCUAAACAUGUCAAACGGUAAUGUGCGACUUACUAACCUCCGACUCAAUGCAUUGAUAACUCUCGAGUAUAGCUCUAUAGCCUAUAGAAGUUGGAAAUGUACGACUGUCAUAACUUUCGACUGUGUUUUUAAGCGACGCGAAGAGAACCGAAAUUCAAAUGUUCAUUUCGUUAUUCUGUCACGUUUGACAGUUUAACAAAAGUAUAAUUUGAAUCUUGGUUCCCUUCCCGUUGCUAUGUGUACCUACAGUAAAGACAACGCGCACUUAAGACAUUUUCGUGAAAGUUCAAACAAUAGAAAAGAGACGGAGUUUUAAUUGUAUAAAAAGUAAAUGGAGAGAUAAACAGAGUAAAUGCCCGAAGGCGUUAACUCUAUGGCACAUCCAUAGACUUUGGGUCCUUAACUUAAAGGACAUUGGAUAUUUUACAGAAAUCGAUGCUAGGUUUUGUGUAAUGUCACGUUUGUAUACGUAUAGAGAAAUGCUGUUAGGAAACAAGCUCAAAUGUAAUUCUCAAGAUUCUAUUACAUUUCUAGUACAUAUCUUCAUAAAAUUACUAAAUUCAGCUCUCUAUUUAUUUGUGAACCAACUUCACUGCUAUGACGUUGCAUAGAUACCAGAGUGAAAAAAUUGAGCGCAAAGAAUGAAGUACUGAAAAAAAUCGUGGCGGAGGUUAUUAUGUUAUUAUACAACUGUCGACAUCUUGUAUGAUUUGUGUGAACGAAAUUUAAUUCGUUGUGGGAGUGUGUGAGUGCGUAUGUUUGUGUGUAUUUGGUUUGUCUGUGUGACAAACGUGCUGAUUACUUUAACUGUAUUCGUAAAUAAAUUAAGAGAAAAAAUAAA